GUUUUGAAGCUGUUACUGGACCUCAGCAUGUAGGACUGCCACACGGAGAUGAGGCUGAGCAAAGACUGCUUAUGAACUCCUAAGAGAAAGGUUAAGAGGUCAAGAGCAACACCUAAACAGUGUUAUGGCACCAAUCUACUCAGCCGUGGGAGCCUGGGGGACUGCAGGGUUACCAGGGGCCGCAGUCGUCUCUCUGAUCAUCCUCUUCAUCCUCACCAUCACAGUCCUCGCUCUCUGCGCAAGAUGUCAGAAACAUUCGUUUGAUUUGCAGCAGGACAUUCCAGAGACCAGAAAUUCAACACUAGUUCGAGUCGUACAACUGGAAAACGUCGCAGUGGCCGUGGAUAACCCUGCUGCCGCUAACAUCACGCAAGAUGAAAAGUAUCUCAGCACACUGCCUGAGGACGGGGCUGUAAAACCCGCCGGACAGCAAGAGCUCAGAUCCUGGAAGACUCACACCUUAGAUCACAACCCAGAGAGGACAAUGAAUGGUACUGGGCCAGCACCUUCUCAGGGUGACAGAGAUGACAUGAUCGUCCAAAGGCCUAACACCAACCCAGCUGUAACCGAACUUCCAGUCAUGGAAACAAGCCUGAGAUCCGUGGAUCAAACUGUAUCUACAUACACUGAAAACACUCUUUCAACAGACAAACCCUUUAUCAAUUCAGAGCUGCCUGAUUUCCAAACAAUUUCCUUGGGAGAUCAGACUGACGAGACCAAUCGAGACUUGUCCAGCACUCCGCAGAUGCGAUACAAAACCUCCCAGCACAUGUAUGAAACUGUAGGAGAAGUCCCUGUGAGCGCAGACCAAAGUGAGAUGAUGCUGAAUCCAUAUGCUAUGUAUGAGUCCAUCAUGACAAACGGCCAUCAGGGGAAUGGGUCAGAUCUGCCUGCACCACCAGAGGAACUGGAGGAGGAACUUGGCAAGAGAAAUAUCAGUGACACAUAUGCCCGCAUAAGUAAGAAGAUCAAGCGUUCCAGCCCACCACUUGAAGAACCAGUUGAAAACACGGUAGAGGAUGGAUCACCACCUUUACCAGACAGAAGCUGAAUAACUAAAAAUCAUUGCAUGACCAUGACCACAUUUCUUCACGACUACUCCUGGAGAACUAGAGUUUGCUUGGAGUCUUAAUCAAACACUAAUUGUGGUCUCCAAGUAGGCUUGGAGACCAUCAAUAUUUUAUUAUAAUCAUGAUGAAGUUAAGCAAUAGAACACAAGAGGGCAUGUGUUAUUGCAAACAUCAUGGCUGUCAUAUGAUUGUAGGCAUGAGCUAAAGGCAAAUACUGUCAUCAUCACAGGACCUCCAGUGAUCUACUGCAUUUAUAUAACAGUUCUGCAACAUAAACAAAAGAAGCAAAGAGGCCCCUUCAGACUGUAUUAAAUGAGCUUUAAUAUUGGCAAUUCCUUUCAACAACAGUAGUAAAAAAUGUAGUAAUGGCCUUUUGCAUUACAGACAGAGCCAUAAAACUGCAAUAUCAGAUUCAGCGCAGCUUCUUCAAUAUUUAACCUGAAUGUCAUUUUAUCCCAGCCAGGCUGUAAAACAUUUUGCCGCCCACCUUGUUUACUGAAUUGUAUUCUGUUCAUUUCUGGCUAAUUCCAGUUUGUUUAGUUGUUCCACCAUCACAAAAGCUUCUGCUGACCGAAAAGCUUGCUUAGGAUCAACAACAGGUUCAGGAUUUGAUGUAGGCAUGCUGUCACACUCUUCCUCAGAAUCUGACCAAUCUGCCGGUCAAAUAUUUCCCUACAAAAGUUAGCUAAUGUAACCAUUUUUAUUUUUAUAAAGUACAAAGUUAGUAACAGUAACUGCAUUAUAAGGCAAGCCAUUAAUUAGAAAUCAGUGCUCAGAAGAACGGCGCAGUUAUUGUGAGAUAAUGGGCAGAUCACUUCUUAACCAAUCAGAUUGUGUCCACUGAACUGUUGUAUAAUUUCUGAGCAUAUUAAGGAUAUCGUCAAUACAUCAAAAAAGAUACUGACAGACUGCGUCUUUUAUUGCAAAGAGAGAAUAGUUGGUCAUAUUUUACCAGAUUAAGUGCAGUAUAUGUGAAAUGUUAAAUAAUCAUUGUUUGUUUUUGUUUUUUUUCAAUUGUGCAAGUACUGGUGCACCGUGUGUGUUCUAACUUAGACAACCUCUGGAAAGCAAAAUGUUCUCAUAUGUACUGUGCAACAUGAAAAUGUCUUCAAGUGUCGUGAUAUGUUUGCCAUAUCGCCCACCUCCACCAUCAGGACAUUCUGAAAAGUGUUUAAAGCAGCUGGAACCAUACUCUGCUGAAAAACUGUUAACAUGUCCAUCUCUUUAGAAAAUUGAGCUCUGUAGAACUGCAAGUAUUCAUAUCAAUCCUUUUUUUUUCAAAAUGACGACUGUGCUAAAUCUACAUGAAGACAAGACAAAUAUGUGAAGAUCUGGAAUAAACCGUAUGACUUUUAACUUUAAUAUGCAGUUUUGAUAAAUUUAUGCUCAGACUAACUUACCUCUAAUAUCAUCACUGUUCAAAGUAUCUCCAAAACGGUAGCUUUAUAGGAGAUGGCAGAAAUGUUCUUUACUUUCAAUGUAAGUUCAUGUAAGGAGAUUUUAUUCGAGGCAA